UGUUCCUUUUUCUAAAGUUGGGUCGUCUCUUUCAGACUAACACGCAGUCUAUAUUUCUAUGCAACUUCUAUGUCUGUGGGGCAUAAUAAAUUCAAUUGUCGCAAACAAAAUACGAGUGCAAACAAAUAUCAUUAACUUCAAGUUUUAAAUAUUUACACAACAACUAUAUUUUAACGUAAAUAGCGAAAGACAUAGAAAGAUGGAUGUACAGAAAAGGAAGAAACACUAUUACCAAAACAACAGUAACAACCAGAAGAAACGCAAACAAUUGAGUUUAGAAGCAGGCACAAUGGGGUUCUUGUGCACAUGUAAUUUUCGUGAGAAAGAUUGUGUGCGCGAUGCUUACAAGUUACUAAACCAAUUUGCUGAUGAAAUUUAUGGAUCAGAGACCACAAAGGACAAUGAUAAUGAUAAUACCAAAGUCUCUAUAGCAAAUGACGAUCCUGUUAGUGAUACAGAACAAGAUAAUGAAGAUAUAUCUACUGCUUUAAAUAAAGAAAUCAAUGAACUAAAGGCAGAAUAUGCAAAACCAGUGGCUGCAAGAAGAUUUCAGGUGGUUGACACUGGUGUAAAAAAUGUUAUUUUUAUAAGGAGUACCUUAUCAAAUCCUCUGGAGCUAGUUACUAAAAUUGUUACAGAAUUAGAGAAAACGAAACAACAGCGUACCAGAUACUUAUUAAGAUUACUUCCAAUUGAAGUCAUAUGUAAAGCAUACAUGAAUGAUAUAAAGCAGAAAGCAGAUGCAAUGCUUGAAAAGUAUUUUGCACAGGAGCCAAAAACUUUCAGUAUUGUAUUCAACCGCCACAGUAACAGCAAUAUACACAGAGAAGAAGUUAUUGAAGAUCUGGCUGAAAUAAUAAGCAAGAAAAACCCUGGAAAUAAAGCAGAUCUGAAGAAUCCAGAACUUGCUGUGAUAGUUGAAGUAAUCCGUGGUGUCUGCCUCAUGUCUGUUGCUCCAAAUUAUUACAAAUUUAAGAAAUAUAAUUUGCUUGAAAUAUGCAAUGCAAAAGAAUCUGUGAAUAACACAAAAAAAAAUAAUUGUGAAGAACAUAACGAGUCAAAAGAUAGUGAGAAACAUUCAAAAGAGGAAACGCAUGUAGAAGAAGAAACAAUUGUUGACAAGAAGGAACUAAGUAACUGAUAUAGAAAUUAUUAAUUGAUG